AUGUCAGACUCCUACCGUCCUUCCAACUCCCCCCUGACAAAUGGGCAUCACCACCGCCACCGCCCAACCUCCACCCUUCCACCACCGCACCCAUCCCUACCUCCCGCACCAAUCCUCUCCGAGGAAGCGAAAUCCACAAUUGAUCUUCUCAAAACAACCUACAAAAAGCGCGGUCAUUUCGACUCUUUGCGAAAAGAUAUCUACCAAUCUUUUACCGAUAGCGACACAAAGCUCCACUUCCUAACCGCCCUCGAGAAAAUCGCUAGUGCAGAGAUCGAGCGCGACCCAAGUUUGCUUGCGAGGGAUAAGAAGAAAGCGGCGGAAUUGAUCGAAGCUACGGUUUUACGGGGGGAUACGUAUUCUAAUGUAGAGAAGGCAGUGGAAGAACUACUUGCCGCCCGGAGGGCCGAGAUUGAAGGGAUGCUGAGGGGGAUCAUGGAGGAGCAGGGGCUUUUGCCGAGGGAUGAAGAAGAGGAGAGAAGUGAGAAGGAGGGGAAGGAUAGGGAUGGGGAUGCGGAUAUGGCCCUCUACGAGUAUGGUAUCAUACCGGCACUCGAGGAAAGCGAAAGGGAGUGCUGGAUCUUCCCCAAGCCAAACCUCCAAGCACAACUGCAACAGCACCCUCACUCAAACUUAAACGACGCCAACUUGCCAUACGAAGAUGACGACAGCAGCCAGUCCGAAGGAACCUCUUGUGAGAUUAAUUAA